CGUUAUUUGACCGUUGCAAAUUACUCAAGUUCUUUAAACAAAACACUCAAACAAACCUACAAAACCAAUAAAAAAAACAGAGCUAAAAAUAACUCUGAAAAUCCAUCAACAAUGGCAGAUCAAAACCCAUCAAUUCAAUCUCUUCUACACUCACUCGACCCAAUUUCUCUAAUUCUCUCUCAAUACUCAUUAAAUUCCAAAGAACCCCUCACUCUAAAACUAGCCACAGAUUACGCAAUGGAGAGAGGACCAAGAUACAGAGCAUACGCAGAGCUAAGAGAAUCAAAGCUGAGAAAGAAAUGUUUCAGCGAAGAACCUGAAAUUAAGCAAACCCCACAAAAGAAACAAGUUAAGUUUCAAGAAAAUGUAAGUAAUUCAAGAAAAGGGUACUCUGAUUUGGCUCAGUCAGUGCCUGAUUUCUCUGCUACUUUGAGAAAAGAGAACAGGAAACCGAGGCAAGAACUGACUCCUCCUUCCAAGAUUAGUAACGGUUGGAGUAAGGUUCAUAGCGGGAUUUUGUCGAAUUCGAGAGGAAGUAAAUCGGCUAGUGCAGGGGAGAAGAGGGCUGGUUUAAUGGUUAGAAAGAGUUAUGCGAAUGUUGAAGAGUUAAAAGGGUUGUCAAUGGCUGCAGCUGCUGCUAUUAACGGUGGUGAUAACAGAGGAGGAAUAAGAGGCGGUAGAAGAACUGUUUUGGGGUCUAGACAGUUUUGAUUCCGUAUUCUUGAAAAUUACACGAAUUUAAUUCAUUAGUUCUUUGAUUUUUUUUAUUGAAAUUAGAUUUGAGUCAAUGAUAUGGUUCUUUGAUUAGUUAAUAUUGGAUUUGGAGUGGCUUUGUAUUUGGUUUUAUAACAAGAUUUCUUAGUAACACUGAUUUGGUUUUACGUA